UUUACAUACAUACGACGUUAGAAAUUUAUAUAAAUUGAUGUAGCCUAAUUGUAGGCCUGCGUUUCGCCUCAGUCCUUCCCCGAAACCAGUAGCAGACAGUUGUCAGCCGCUCCAGUUCCUGCGCGUUUAUCAGUCGCGCAAAAGUCUAGAAAGUUUAUUUCUAACUCUACAAGAUGAGUCGCAAGCGCAAAGCUCAGAAUCCUCCCCAAAUAGAAAGCGAUGAAGAACAUGGGUCACCGGUACCAGAUAAUCUCGAAAAUACGGCGCUACAUUUGGCAGCAAAAAACGGUGACAUUGAAACGGCCGCCAUGCUCAUCGACCAAGGAGCGAACCUUCAUCAAAAGAACAAACAAGGAAUGACUGCUCUACACGUUGCUGCGGAAAAUGGAUAUUGCGGGGUUCUGAACUUACUACUUUCGAGAGGAUCGAUGGUCGAUGAGUUAGCGGCAGGUAACAGAACAUCGUUACACAUAGCAGCAGAGCAGCUUUGUAGACAAGUGGUCAAGGAGCUUUUGAAUAAAGGAGCCAACGUACGUAUUCAGGAUAGCGCGGGUAAUACCCCUCUUCACCAAGCCGUGAUGAGACUCUGCUUAGACAGCAUCGAGCUACUAGUGAAAAACGGUGCUCCAAUGGACUUUCAAAAUAAUCAAGGCGAAACUGUUCUGCACAUUGCUUCUCAGCACCGGAACAAUGCAAUAGUGAAUUUUCUUUUAGAGAAAGGUGCAGAUUGCAAUGCCCUGACAGCUGAUGGAUCCACACCUCUUCAUUAUGCCGUCAAGAACUUUGGAGCGCCUUCAGAGAACGCGGCGUCCUUAAUAGAAGCGGGUGCAGCUGUAUUUGUAACGAACCAUGCAGGUGAGAUUCCGCUAAAGACUGCUUUGAAAUAUGAGAGGAACUGGCGUAACAGCUCGCUUUUAGGAUACCUACUCGGUAAAGGAUUAAAUUUUAACAAAACCACAAACCAGUUUGGUCUAGACUUAUUGAAGGACAUGAACGAUGAAUUCAUAAAUCAUCCUGCGCUCUGCACAGUAUUUAUAAUAGCUAUAGUGUACGAUGACCGUCCACUGUUCGAAAUGUUAAUUAAAAAAGGAGUUUCGAUACACAAAAAUGAUUGGGGUACCACGCCUCUUCAUAACGCAGUACACUGCGAUAAUUUACACGCAGCAGAAGUGCUCUUGCAAUUGGGCGCUGAUCCGAAUGUGAAGGACUAUUUCGAUAAAGGUACUCUGGCUUUCGCCAAAAGUGAACAAAUGGUCGAGCUUUUGCUUAUGUAUAACGCCGACCUUUACGAACCCGAUUUGCUCCAUGGCAUAGUGAGGGUGAAUGCAAAUGGCGAGCUAUUCGAUAGGUUGAUUGAAAAAGUGCUGGAUCACGAGGAGAGAUAUAAAUUGAUCAAUCAGAAGUGCAGUAGGGGUUAUUCACUGUUACACUAUGCCUUACGAGCCAAUAGAGAAAGCAUGUUACUUCACGUCCUUCAUGCCGGCGUCGAGCCGGAGGAGUUUUUCCGCGUCUUCCUGAGAACCUGUUUAUCCCUAGAUCCGAAUUGUUUAUUGAUAAUGACACGACAGAUGGUGAUUUUCAACUCUCAAGGCAUCAUUAAUUUUUUUUUCAUGUUUCUUUAUAUGUUGGAUGAAAAGCGUCGUAAAAUUUAUUUUGAGAUUGCAGAGAAUCUGAAGAAGACAAAAGUCACGCGAAUUUGCAAAGAUUAUCCAUUUACUUACUACGAUUUGCUUACGAAGCACGGAGACGAUUUGGUACGUAUGUUACGUAAUCAUCAGAUCAGAAGAGUUACCGAUCGAAUUGCUGAAAUUGCAAAUCAAUUCGGAGGGCCCUUGCAUAUUAGUCUCGUACUCAACCUCAGACAAGGAAUUAGGCGCUUAGAACUGGAAUCUCAAUUUAAUAAGAAAUUUGAAGCCCUAAAUUUUAUACCCUAUGACGUCGUUUGCCACGUGAGCAAAUAUCUUAACAAUUCUGAUUUAUUCAAGACUAUGUAUGCAUUGGAAGGACCUCAUGUACAUAUAUCUUAAUUCAUUUUAAAAUGUAGCUUAUCCAUCCAUAAUCUUUGGUAAUUGAAGAUUACUCAAUCGAAGCAUAAAUAUGUUGGGAAUUUUAACAUCUUUGAUCCGUGUAGUCUAUUAGUGAAAACGUGAAAAUUAAUUGUAAUGAUGAAUUGUAAAACAUUGUGUUGUUCUCAAAUAUGUAAAUUGUAUGUAUGCAUACAUGUAAUAAUGAUCUUCUCGACAAAUCAAUAAAAUUUAACAAAUGUCCUUUAAAAAA